AGUUAGGCAUUCCAUUUUCCCAUCCCCAAUGGCUUGUUUGAGAGACAUGGAUUCAAAGAAACCUUAUAUUGCUGCAAUCCUUGUACAACUAGGAUAUGCUGGGUUCUAUGCUUUAUCCAAGGCUGCUUUUGAUACGGGUAUAAGCACCUUUGUGUUCAUCUUCUAUCGGCAAUUAGCUGCCUCUAUGUUAUUAGUACCGCUUGCUUUUGUUUUUGAAAGGAAAAACUAUCCGCCUCUGACGUUUAUGAUAUUGCUGAAGCUGUUCUGCCUUGCAUUGUUUGGAGCUGAUGUUGUUCAACGCUUUAGGCUUACAUGGAGCUUAAACUUCUAUAGCUUAGGCUUGAAGUAUACUUCAGCAUCAAUGGGUUCAGCAGCUACAAACUCCAUUCCAGUAUUUACUUUCCUUUUUGCCAUUUUCCUCAGGAUGGAGAAUAUCAAAUUCAGAAGCCUUUCAGGAAUAAGCAAGGUACUAGGAAUUGCAUUUUGCCUUGCUGGUGUCCUGACAAUUGCGCUAUAUAGAGGCACUCACAUCCGUACUUUGAACCUUCAUCAUUACUCUGGCCAAAAUACCAAGUACCAAAACAAUGUGUUUACUCCUAAAAGAUGUUGGAUCGAAGGAUCCAUCUUCCUGAUAAUUGCCAAUAUGAUUUGGUCCAUGUGGUUAGUUCUACAGGGAAUUAUGUUAAAGGAAUACCCCUCUAAGCUUAUUUUCACUACCCUCCAAUGUCUGUUCAGCACCUUUCAGUCGGGUUUCGUUGCACUGGUAUUUGAGAGAGACAGUUCCAAGUGGACCUUGCAGUUGGACUUAGGCCUACUUGCUAUUUUAUACUGUGGCUUUGUCGUAACAGGACUGAACAUCUAUUUACAAAGCUUUUGUAUUGAGAAGAAGGGCCCUGUUUUUACAGCAAUGUUCACACCUUUGGCUCUUGUUUUUACGCUGAUAUGUUCCACUAUUUUCUUAGGGGAAAUGAUUUAUCUAGGAAGUCUUUUAGGUGGAAUCCUAAUGGUUCUAGGCCUCUAUAGCGUUCUGUGGGGAAAAGCCAAAGAGAGAGUGUCUUCUGAAGUCUCAAUUGAAGACGGGAAAACUCACACAGAGGAGAAAGAAGCAACAGAUCACUCUGAUGCGGUUCCACAAUGAGACAUGAGGGAGACUGAUCAGGACAAACUGUAAGGGAAAACUUCGAGGUUAGAAUGCUAUCAGUUCAUAAUCAUGAAAUAAAAGUGAAGUUCAGUUGUAUAAAUUAUUGUUGAACUUAAAGAAGGAACUGAUAUGGCUGAGAAAAGGAUUGUAUUCCCAUACGGUGGAAGAUUCGUCA